AUGCCUAUCGACGUAACACCCACACCUAUCUACCCUCACUCCCUCCCACCAGUGUCAUAUCAUCGUGGAUGGUCCCUUAUGCCAGCAACAGGUCCAGCUCGAGUCAUCGACAUCCUUCCUCCCAAACCUCACAUGCCCGGUUCGGUCUUACCUAACGGUCUGAGGAACCCCUGGGCACCUUAUUCGGGCGAGACCUACAUUCCAGCCUCAGAGAGUGUGAUGGCUAUGCAAAACCAAGUAGGGGGGUCGGUGAUAGCUGGAGGGGGAAGGUCGAUGGCAGGCAGAUCAGUCAUUGCUCCGUCCUUCGCAGGCAGCGGAAUGACAAUGGGAAGGGAAGAUGAUGGAUGGAAUGGAUCGGUGGGGAGGAACCAUAUGGCCCAUGCACCUGAUCCAUCCUCUGUCGGAGCUAUUGGUCCAACACCUGCGGUAGGUUCCAAUGGAAGUCAGGCGGGGUGGAUGCCAGCUUCAUGGGGGAAUCAUCAAAGGAUGACACCUACCAUUGCAAGUGGUCUAGCACACAGUGAAGUUUACCCUCCAUCACCUACCGUAGGAUAUGGUUACAACCAACCUUUUCCACCUAGACGAAGAAGGGGUAGUACGGGAGUAGGAGUGAAUGAAUGUGAGGAAUGUCAAUUGACUAGAUCCCAAUCACAACCUACGAGACAUACUAGGAAGGUAUCGUUUUCCACAGUUAAUAAUAGCCCAAGUCCCUUAAGAAAGCUUUAA